GAGUAUUUACUGUACAAAGCAAUAUGUUUUCAACUAAUCCUAAUUACACUAAACUCAAAACUCAUUUGAGACUAUCCAUUAAUCGUCUUAAACUACUGGAGAAGAAGAAAACAGAACUGACGCAGAAAGCUAGGAAGGAAAUUGCUGAGUAUAUAGCAGCGGGUAAAAGUGAGCGAGCAAAGAUUCGUGUGGAACACAUAAUCAGAGAGGACUACAUGGUGGAGGCAAUGGAAAUAGUGGAAAUGUACUGUGAUCUGAUACUAGCAAGGUUUGGUCUUGUUACACAAAUGAAGGAAUUGGACGAGGGGCUAGCUGAAGCCAUAUCAAGUCUAAUUUGGGUGGCACCUAGAAUGCACACAGAUGUUCAGGAGUUAAAAGUUAUAUCUGACUUGUUUACUGCAAAAUAUGGCAAGAUUUAUGCUGAUGCAUGUAGAAAUGAAAAUGUGAAUACAAUUAGUGAGAAGCUGAAACAUAAAUUGUCAGUUCAAAGCCCUCCAAAAAUACUGGUUGAGAAGUAUUUGAUUGAGAUUGCUAAAAACUAUAAUGUCGAGUACACUCCUGAUGAACAAGUUAUGAGGGAAGAACAAGGUCAUGAUGCAAUGUUGAUUGAUAUUAAUGGUCCACCAAUGCCUCCUGGCUUCAUAGGCUACCCAAAUCCGCCUAUGCCUCGAUUGCCUGAUCUGCCACCUGUACAGCCCUUCAGCUAUCCUACAAAACCAUCUGGAGGUAGUGCAGGUGGAUUUAUCGCUACCCCUCCAGCUGCAUAUGGUGGACCAAGCCAACCUCCAAUGGGCUACAAUUUGCCGCCCGGCGUUGACUCUAAGAGCUUGAGCAAUAGUUUUCUACAGGACGAAAUGAGUAAUCUCCCACCCGCUUAUGACAGCAUUAAUCAUGAUUUGCCAGCCCAUGUGCCAACACCACAGCCGCGGCCCAGAGUAUUGCAAAAUCCACACAAUCCACAGAACCAAUUCCCCGAGCUGCCGGAACUGCCUUCUGUGCCCUCCGACCUGGUGUUACCCUCAGUGCCUCACAGCAACAAUUCCAACGCCAAUGCUAACAAUUCUAGUGCAGCCGACGAGAUAGAUUUCGAAGAUCUGAACCGACGUUUCGAGGAGUUGAAGAAAAAAACAUAAAAU